AUGGGUUUCCUUUUCUCGAGGCUCAUCAGAAAUAUCGUCAUUGCAUACGUAAUAUUCAGCUGUGUACAAUAUUUGUUGCGAUGGAAAUCGUACAAUGUUUCACCGAAAGAAUUCCGCAAUAUUGCUAGCAAAGCUCAAGGCGCAGAUAACGUUGCAUCAGCUGUAAGUCGUUUGACAACUGAUCUGCGCCGAUCUUAUGGGGCAGCAAUAGCUGCAGAAACUUCAUGGGUGGCACUUUCCCUUGGUAGCCUGCAGCUGAAGGCACUGUUCCUGCAUGCAUCUCUCACCGAAUUCAUUGGUGUAAUCGGAACUCCAUUUCCAACAUCGGGGCGAAUUGGUAUGCAUUGGAGUAACAGCACUUGCACUGUGUUGACCGGAUCCAUUACUCGUCUAUCCGACUUGGGACAUAUGCCAAGCAAAGAAACUUUCAGUGCAGGAGGAAAUUUCCGGCAUGGGCAAUUCGAAUCGCACAUCUAUUCUUUCGGCGCUGAUACCUAUGCUGUUUGUUACGGUCGCGGUGUAAUGCCAGUGUCUGGGUUAUGGGCUGCGACUGGUGCCCUUGCAAGUGGUGAACCGUUCUCGUUGGCGCGUUUGAUCUACAUUUACGGCCACGAGUCAUUCAACCAGUUAAGUUUGGCGAUUACGAACACGUUCAAUUACUACAAAUCAAAAGCGACCGGCAAGAGCGAACUUUGA